AGCUCUGUGAGCGUGCAGCACAGUGUCCUGCUCCGCGGCACCGCUGCACGUCUCCACGGUUUGAACCCCCGUCCUGGUCCCCCGUCUCUGCAGCGGCACCAUGAGGGCUGUCCUGCUGUGGGCCACCAUUCUGCCCCUGAACCUUCUGCUCUGCGUUCAGUCCCUGCCGGUGCACAACCAGAGGAAACGGCUGCAGGCAGGACCUCACAGCCACAGUCGAGCUGGUCUGAAGAAGAGGGGGAGACACGAGCAGGACACGCUGAAUGAAGACCACCACUCCAAGUCCCACAACGACACGGAGAACUGGAAGCGCCCGCGCUGCGGCGUCCCCGACUACCCAGCAAUCACAGGGGCCGACGUGCCGUACUACAGCCUGAAGACCAACAGAGGCGGCCUGAGCAAGCAGCAGCGCAGGAAGAGGUUCGCCCUGUUCGGAGGACGCUGGGAGAAGACCCACCUCACCUACAAGAUCAUGCGCUUCCCGUGGCAGAUGAGCGAGGACAAGGUCCGCCGGGUCUUCGUGGAGGCGUUCGGCGUGUGGAGCGAGGUGACUCCCCUGACCUUCAGAGAGGUCACCGAUGAGAAAGCGGACAUCACCAUCGACUUCAACAGGUACUGGCACGGGGACAGUUUACCCUUCGACGGCCCCGGAGGAAUCCUGGCCCACGCCUUCUUCCCUCGAACCCACCGACAGGGAGAAGUCCACUUCGACUACGACGAGCACUGGACGGUGGGCAACAACGUGGGCACAGACCUCCUCCAGGUGGCGGCCCACGAGUUUGGCCACGUCCUGGGCCUGCAGCACUCGCUGGAGCCCGACGCCGUCAUGAAUCCGUUCUACAGCGACUCCUACCCUCUGCAGCUCAGCGAGGACGACAGGAAGGGCAUCCAGUACCUGUACGGCCCCCCCCGGCACACGCCGCCCGAGAUCACCGAGACCAACGAGAUCGCCACGGAUCUGCCGGACGCCUGCAGGACAGACUUCGACGCCGUGUCCAUGAUCAGAGGGGAGCUGUUCUUCUUCAAGUCGCGGUACGUGUGGCGGAUCCGCGACGGCCAGCUGCAGCCCGGCUACCCGGCGGUGUCGUCUCGCCACUGGAGAGGAAUCCCAGACCGCAUCGACGCCGCCUACGAAGACAGGGCUGGAAACAUCUGGUUCUUCCAAGGUGACAGCUACUGGGUGUUCGACGCCGAGAGGAAGAUCACGGGGCCGGACUCGGUGCGGCGGCUGGGCCUCCCGGUCGCAGACAUCCAGGCGGCUCUGAAGUGGGAGGAGAACCACGUGGAGAAGGUCUUCUUCUUCAAGUCCUCCUCCUACUGGCCCUUCGACGUUCACCAGAACCGGAUCGACGACGUGCGCCCCCGCAGCAUGCACGCCUGGAGCGGCGUGCCCGGGAACAUCGACGGAGCCUUCUGGGACAAAUACGGCUACGUGAACUUCCUGAGCGGCCUGCAGUACUGGAAGUUCGACCCGGUGCGGCUGCGGGUGGUGGAGGGCUUCCCCCGCAGCAUCGGGCAGGAUUUCUUUGGCUGCGCAGCCUCUCGCUUUAAAUAAGGUCGCCGGUGUGCGUCUGGUCCGUUUGUCUUCUUCACUGCCCAAACUGAACACUCAGGCUGCCAUGGAAGUUUACCAACGGUACAUCCUAAAGAAAUCCACUUCCAUAUGGUUCAGACAACUAGAUUUAUCAGAGUCAGGCGCUUUCAGACAGCAUUUGGAAAACAGACCUGUACGCAGACGAGGUUUCUACAUUUCGAUCUAAGCAUUCAGUCAGUCGGCACAUCAGUCAGCCCAGUAUUCCAGCUGCUCCUGUGUGUUUUGUCUGAGCAGACCGAACCACAGGUAGCUCCGCCCUCCCAGGACCGCUCUUCCUUCCCUGGAUCACUCUCCAGCUGCAGGUUUGGAGCUGCUCCCGCCCAUUCAUCAACAUUUUAAACUCAUGUGUUCCAUCCUUCAUCUUCCCCCUGUGAGGCCCGCCCAUGACGAAGAGCCACCAUGAAGACCUUCAGGAGGUUCAAGCCGAUGGCUGAUGUUCCAGACUGCAGGUCACGAGACGGCUAAUUCACACAUCUGUAAAUGAGAUGCAGCACUAAGCUGCAGCUGCCUGGGAUUCAGCAUGCUCUGACAGACCGGCGUGAGCGAAUUGAUCCCUAACCAUCCGUCCAUCCAUCUGACCGACCGGCAGUCACAUGAGGAAGACAGAAUAAUCCACCUUCACAUCAUGGCUUCAGUACACACAAACACACAAGAUGAUCCAUCAUCUGUAGGAAAAAAGGUUGAGGAUGAGUGCAGCUGAGAGGGAUGAAGAGUCAAAGCUCCAGUUUCCUCUGCAGUGAUGUCUUCAGUAAAUAACCGACUGCUGAACAUAUUUACUGCAGAGGCAGCUGCAGCGCCUCCACCACUGUGUGCAGAUGUUAUAAUCACAGCCGCCCACUCGGCAUCAGGACUCAUCAACCCUGCAUUUUUACUUUCAGGUGCAAAUUAUGUCUUCAUCCCUGAUCCUGAUAAAUACAAAGACCUCUGAUGUUCACACGGCGUCUUUCUCCACUGCUCUGCGUCUCUUAUUGGAUAAUUGCACAUUUUAUGAUGUGGAUCAACUGCGGUUAACCAGACUUUUAUAAAUCUGUCGAUUUGAGGUUUCAGAGCAUAAAAAGUUCUGAUUGAGUGUAGUUCAAGUCGGUCUUUUGCAGCAUGUUAUCAGAAUGAAUUUGUGGAAUAUUGUGAGGCAGUCUGUUGAACAGACAUGAUUCUAUUCUGUUAUGAUCACACAGUAGAGUCAGUCUGAACCUGAAAGGAGUGUCAAAUUGGUGAAACCACUCAGUAAAGAAAGCAGGAGGGGAUCAGUCACUCUGCGGCGCGACGCCAUUAAGAGCUUCCAAGAGGAAUUUGGUUUCCUUUGAUGCGAUACAAAGCGUCUCUGGGCCGUGUUCUCUAAGGCGUGCUGAAUCCCUCAGGCGUGCUGUGUGAUGGUCUCAUCGGAACCUUUGUUCCAGCUGUACUCAUGUCAAUCUGUGGCCUGUCAGCUCAGCCUUCAGGCUUCCUGUAAACCUGGUGAAGUGCAUCCUGCUAAACGUUCCACGUGGAGGCUGCACAGCCUCUUCAGACGAGGAACACUUCACUCUCAUUGGUCCUGUUUUCUUGUGCAAGCCCUCCGUAAAGCUGAACUCCAGGAAGUGGCUGGUCGUGCUCAUGCAGUGUUUCCAGUGCAACGUUCAGCAUGAAGACUCACACAUACACACACACACUCACACACAUACACACACACUUCAGCCUGCUGUCCAGCUGGUGUGAUCUUAGGUCAGUCAGUAUUGCGUUGAACCUGGGGUCCGUUGAUCUGUCCAGAAGGGGCGGAGCGGCGCGCUCCGUCUCUCCCAAGGUGCUAUCCACCACUCAGCAGGCGGGCGAACCUCCUCAUACCGUACCUCACAUGUUGCACAGACUCUGUUCUCCCCUCUGUCACUGAGACCGGCCCUCACGGCCCGCUUCACUCCUCUGACGGUGACCAGAGGAGUGAGACAGAGCCGGGACGGGGCGUCUCUCACGCUUUUAUUUUGGAGAUCAGUGCAGGACACUGAUGAUUGAACACUGUGGUGUGUCUGCCUCAGCCGCUGUCCAGUGUAGCUGGGACAAUGAUAGCUGUGAUUUCAACUGUUUGUCUUUAUACCCAAUGAUUUUUUUUUUCAUGUGAAUACUUUUUUCAUUACAAUAAAACA